AUGAAGGCGAUACGGCGCAGCCACCGCACCAGCAACUGCCGCAGGAAGCUUCGCCUUCGGCAGCACCAGCAGCAGAAGCAGGGGGCACGCCAACAGGCGGACCGGGAGCAACAACAGCAGCAGCAGCAGCGGAGGCGUAGGAGCGCGUCCGCAAGCGUUGAUGGCAGGCGGCAGCGGCUCUGGAGAGUGUUUGUGUCCAGCAUGCGCGGCACCAGCGGUGCUACCGAGACAGCUGCUGCUGCUGCUGCUGCUGCCGUUCCUCCUGCAGAACCUUCUGCUGCAGUUUCCAGUGGUAGUGCGGCAGCAGGAGACUCUGCAGGUGGAGCACCUGGACCAAUGCCACCGAACCGAGCUUUUCUGCAGCGCAUCCGCCGUAGAGCGUCCCGGGGGAAUUUUUUGGCAAGGCGGACCGUCAAUGCUACGUACGGCGAAAGCCGUGGCAGCAGCAGCGCUGGGGGUGCCGCACUGGCUGCCCUCCCAGCAGCCGCAAGAGGAGGACAGCCGAGAAGAAGUCGCUUUAAGUCAGAAUUUAACUCCCUCAUGCGGGUCCUAUCGCGUAGACACCCGUCGCGGGGGCAGUGCUGCGGCGGCGCGAGAGGCAAAGGUGGCCGCAAUAGUUCGCGGAUGCAGACACGCAUCUGCGAAAGCUUUGUGGAGAUGCUAAUGGAUUGGGAUGGGGGGGGCCAGAGAGUAAAGACGGGAGCGCGGAAGGCCCCUGCGCAGCGUUGCCGUAUGCUUAUGGCAGAAACAGAAAUGGGCUUAGGGGUAACUGGAAGUGCGCCGUCCUAA